GUAGGUGGUGGAGCAAGCCCAGUCCCCAAUCCCACCCUGCCACCCAACCUUGCUUCUUCUCCGAUAGCUAUUUCUCUGCUUUCUCUCCAAUCUUCCCGGGUUUCCCUGAUUAAAGAUGGCUGAAUCCUUUGUUCUCAGUACCGGCUCGAGGAUCCCAUCGGUUGGGCUUGGCGUAUGGCAAAUACAACCUGACGCUGCCAACGACGCCAUCUACGCUGCUGUCAAGGCUGGGUAUCGGCAUAUUGACUGUGCAGCAGCAUACAACAAUGAGGAGGAGGUGGGCCUGGCUUUGAAGAAAUUAUUUGAAGAUGGUGUGGUUAAGCGUGAUGAUUUGUUUAUCACCUCUAAGCUAUGGGCUGCUAAUCAUGCACCUGAAGAUGUGGAAGAGGGAAUCGACACCACACUUCAAGAUUUGCAGCUUGACUACUUGGACUUGUACCUCAUCCAUGGUCCAAUCCGCAUCAAAAAAGGAACUAGCACGAUGACCCCUGAAAACUUUCUCCCUACAGAUAUCCCUGCUACAUGGGCAGCGAUGGAGAAGUUAUACGACUCUGGCAAAGCUCGUGCAAUCGGCGUGAGUAACUUCUCUUGUAAGAAGCUGCAUGAUUUGCUUGCCGUUGCACGAGUGCCUCCAGCAGUCAACCAGGUUGAGUGUCAUCCGGUUUGGCAGCAAGACAAGCUCCGGAAGCUAUGCCAAUCCAAUGGUGUUCAUCUUUCUGCAUUCUCGCCUUUAGGCUCACCUGGAUCUCCUUGGAUCAAUGGGCCAAGUGUCCUCAAGAACCCCAUUGUGGUCUCUGUUGCAGACAAGUUGCAGAAAACGCCUGCCCAGGUCGCUCUACGCUGGGGAAUCCAAAUGGGCCAUAGUGUACUCCCGAAAAGCGCCAAUGAGUCCAGGAUUAAGGAGAACAUUGACAUAUUUGGCUGGUCUAUUCCUGAAGAUUUGAUGGCCAAGUUCUCUGAAAUCAAACAGGUCAGGCUGCUGACAGCUGAGUUUGUAGUUCACCCUCAGGCCGGCUACAAUACAUUGGAGGACUUUUGGGAUGGUGAAAUAUAAAAGCAUACAAAUUUGUUCAGAAUAAAAGAGCCAGGCGAGGAAACAACCACAAAAAAGGGGAGAUCGAAUGCAUAGGCCCCAAUACGAUGAAUUUGGGGGUUUACGUGAUUGCUGAACACAAGUAUUGUGUGACUAAUCUGUGUUUUGAUGUGGUAAAUGUAAUUGGGUUAGUCACAAUAAGAGAUAAGUGUCUUUGCCACAAGACUUUUGGUUCAUUGGUUGAAGCAUGAUGUAAACCGUAAAGGAUAUUCAUGAAAACUAAGGACGCUAUAGAGC